AUAUAACCAUACACACACACACACACAAAAUACAUUUUGGACAUACUGUUUUUCACUAAAAACAUUCUCUAAUCUUGUUGAGCGUAUACCUCAAAACAUGAUAAACACACAAACGAAAGAAUCCUAGAUAAAAUUACAUUACUUAAAUAUAUAGUCAAUUCCAUUAUGUGAUACACGAGACAUAAAAACCCCAUUAGCGGAUAUAAUGCAAAACAUUGAAAAAGCAAUAUUCCUGACGAGAAAAAAAUCGAGUACUGAGCAACUACUACGAACAGGAGAGUCUUUACUUCCUCACCCUUUUUCGAUUGAACUACUAUUAAAGCAGCAGGGGAUCAUUACGACCUUUGGCUUUUAUAGACGACGAGGAAGAGGGGUGAAAAAUUACCUAUAAAAGCGUUUGUUUGAUUCUCUGUCCUUUCAUUUUACCUGGAAACUUCUACGGUGUUUGUUUGUUAAAUAUAUCGAUAAAAACAAUAUUAUAAUGUUGGUAGCUCCAAAGUCUCUGCUAGUUCUCAUGGUUUACGUUACAAUCAGCGAUGCUGAAAUAACCGAAGUAGAUGACGAAAGUUGCGAGACUCUACAAUCGGAAAUACGCAUCACUAAAGACGAAUAUGAUGAAUUAGCACGUCUGAGAAGAACAUGCAGCGGUGAUGUAUCGGUCACGAAAUGCGAAGGAUUCUGUAACUCGCAAGUACAGCCGAGCGUCGUCACUACUACGGGUUUCUCAAAGGAGUGCUACUGUUGCCGUGAGAGUUAUCUGAAGGAAAGAUUUGUCAUCUUAAAUCAUUGCUACGACGCGGAUGGGAUCAAAUUGAUAGGCACGGAUGACGAGGCAAUGGAAAUCAAGAUACGGGAACCCGCCGAAUGUAAAUGUAUAAAGUGCGGCGACUUCGCGAGAUAAGACAGCAACAACUUGAAAUAUAAAUUAUACAUUUUCUCAGCAGUGAAUUGCAACAAUUAUAUAUAACAGUUAUAU